AUGACUUCCCCACAGCUAUACGUUCACAUCAACAACGAAGAAUCUACGGGCUCUUCAAACCAAACGCUUCCAGCUCUCUGCUCAGUGCCUGCUAUCGACCCAGAGCUUCAGUUGGUUUAUGACAGUGAGGCAGAAGAAGUGCUUGAUUUGUUUACAAAUGCUCCAAAUUCUAGACAAAUUUUGAGAAUAUGUCUUAAUUUGAAAACCUUGAUCGAUAAGCUAAUUCCUGAGGACAAAUACUUAUCGAUCAAACCUGCUACGUUGCUAUCCAAUAACAAAAUCAUGGGUGUUUCACUUAAUGCCUGUGGUGGUAAAGGUAAUGGGGAACCCAACACUUCAUCGAGAAAAUUCAGAGCUUCUAUAGUUUUCUGUUUAAUUCAUGUUUGCAAAUGGUACAAGCAAAUGGCAGAGUUGACUUUACAUAACUCAGAUUACUAUGUUUUAAAGUCUCAAUUCACAGAACUAUUGGCUAAAAAAUUUGUUGAAUACUUUGAAAAUGAUGAAAAAUUCCUUUUUAUCAAUGUUUUGUGUCAUCGUUAUGUUAUCAAUCUUAACGAUAAGGAUACAAAUCCUGCCAGUGCACUAGAAUUAGCAGUUGAUAUGCAUUCAGUUGAUAUUAUAAGUGCAGCAGGAUUCCAAAGAUGUGUUAAAUAUCUAUGGAGAGGUUGGAUUGUCCAAUCCUCGAUUCAUCCAACUUGCUAUCUCAUGUAUAAAGACCUUGAUAAGAUUUCAUUCAGAACACAUUUCGACCCAGAGAGAAUUAAAGCUCCAAGAUACCAAAAUUUAUUCAACGUUGUUAUAUCAAUCAUCUAUUUGACGUUAUAUACCUAUGUGAUCAACGUUCAUGAUACCAAUCCUGAGAUUAACUUUUUAGAGGGAGUGUUUUAUAUUUUCACAGCUAGUUUUGUUCUAGAUGAAGCAAUUAAAUUAUACCAUGUUGGAUACAACUACAUUGGAUUUUGGAAUGCGUUCAAUGAUACCAUGUAUGGAAUUAUCACAGCAUCGUUUGUAUUGAGAGUUAUUGCCAUUUUACAAAAAGAGGGUUCCAAAAGAGAGUUUGAAUAUCAAGAAGUUUCAUACAAAUUUUUGGCACUAGCAGCACCAUUUAUGUGGAUUAGGUUGCUCUUAUUUUUGGAUUCAAAUAAAUUCUUUGGGGUAAUGAUUGUGGUUAUUCAAAAGAUGAUGAAGGAAUCAUUAUUAUUUUUUGUGUUGCUAAGUGUCAUAUACAUUGGAUUCUUCCAGGGAUUUAUUGGGUUAGAUUCAGCUGAUGGACACAUUGAAUCAGUCAAAUUGCUUUUAUAUCGAAUGUCACUAACAGCCAUUGGAAGAGUUGAUUUCAAACCCUUUGAAUCAUUAAAUCCACCAUAUUCUGGGUUAUUAUACUACUUGUUUUCCUUCUUGAUUUAUGUCAUAUUAUUAAAAAUAUUGGCAGCACUUUAUAAUAGUUCUUAUAGAGAUAUUGUCACCAGAGCUAAUGAUGAGUAUUUGGCAUUAAUGGCACACAAGACACUAAGAUAUACCCGAUCACCAGAUGAAGAUGUGUAUAUUCCUCCAAUAAAUCUCAUUGAAUUUUUCUGCCUAACAUUACCAGUUCAUUGGUGGUGCCCUCCAUUAUUAUUUGAUAAAAUUAACUACUGGUUUUUGCUAAUAGUGUAUUGGCCAUUUUUGGGACCAAUUGCGUUGCACGAGAUUAAAGAAGCUAGAAGAGUCCAAUAUAACAGAUUCAAAGGAUUGGCUGAUGAUGCUAAUGAGGUUGAUACACCAUGGGAUUUAGAAGAUGGCUAUGAAGACAGCUAUAAAGAUGGGUCAUUGAUUGCAAGUUCAGGCAUUGUUGCAAAUACAAUUGCUAUCAAUGAGGGAUUAAGGGCUCAAAGAGAAGCAGAGAAUUUAGACCCUGAGUUCUUUAUGAACUUGGUUAAGUUUAAUCAAACUGUUAAUUAUAAUUUUAAAGAGAAUAUUAGUAAUGAUGAAAACAAGAAAGAUAUUGAUAAUUCAUUUGAUGAUGUUAAGACUAAGAUUAAUGAUUUGGAAACCAAACUUGACACUUUGACAGCAUUGGUUGGCAAGUUGGUUAAGCAAGAGUAA